AUGGAGUGGUCGGUUCGCUUGAGUGCAAUGACUUUACUGUUGUUAAUUAACGAGGAAGUGAAAGGAAUAAUCUCAGGACUGAAGUGUGCAAGGGACAGCAUGACCAAAAUUAAGGUUAAAGCGGGCGCAACGUGUUUUCUGCUUGACAUGGAAAACAACACAAAUGAAGGAAAUAAGACUGGUUCCGCAUUUGUUAAAAAGUGGUCCUCCUAUGUGGAAGUGCGUACUUCCAGUCCUGCAAGUACGGUUGACCUACAAAGUAGUGACGAGUCCUUAAAUGAGUCUGCUAUUGAGUUGAUGAACAUGGAUUUUUUGGACCAAAGUGAUGCGGAGAUUGGGAUCAUGAAAGAAGAUGACACUGCAGCCAAAGGCAAACAUGAAAAGGAAGCUGAACAGAAAUACUUAGGUUUAUUUGAUGUCCACAUCGAUAAUUUGGUACCACCUACACCAAAAAGAACGUCAAGACUGCUUGACCUGCAGCAUGUCAAAUUUCUGAUGGAUUCGUUCCAGUCCGGAUUCACAAACCAGCUUACCAUCCUAGUGGGUGACUGUUCAGUGCAGUUCAGCGAUGGGUUUAGCCGCAUCAAGUCAUCGUGGGGAAAAACUGGCAUGUGGUCAAGACAGAGGAAAAGGAAGAGGGAGAAACAGAGAGCUGGAUUCAUCCAGAAUCCAUACCAGUUCUCCAAAGACAUCCUUGACAACGAACGAUCAGGAACAUUAGAGAGCAGUAUGGAGGACAUAGAACAGCACUUACGCAAUGUCCACAGUGAUCCUUCACGGGAGGCUCCACUGGGUAACUGUUCAAGGCUAGAACCAGAAGACCCACCAGAAACUCCUUUGGACACAAAGGAGCCAUCAUUGUCUGAGGUACAGCACGUAGUGAAGAAAGCGAGGACAGGCUCAGCCCCAGGCCCGAAUGGCAUUCCUUAUCGUGUCUUUAAGAUGUGCCCUGGCAUUCUUCGGAAACUAUGGACCCUACUUAGAGUUAUUUGGAGAAAGGGCAAAAUCCCGGAUUGCUGGAAGAGAGCGGAGGGAAUAUUUGCCCCAAAGGAGAAGGACUCGAAGGAUAUUGGUCAGUUCCGGACCAUUUCUCUGCUGAACGUAGAGGGGAAGAUAUUCUUUGCAGUCCUAGCCAAGCGACUGACAACGUUCCUUACUGACAACAACUACGUUGAUACGUCAAUUCAGAAGGGUGGAGUUCCCGGAUUUUCUGGCUGCGUCGAGCAUACCAGUGUUCUCAGCCAAGUGAUCAGGGAGGCACGAGUGAACCAUGAUGACCUGACUGUAGUGUGGCUAGACCUUGACAACGCUUAUGGAUCAAUACCCCACAAGUUGAUUGAGAAGGCACUUGAGCAGUAUCAUGUACCAGAACACGUUUGUAACCUGGUAAAAGACUACUACAGAGGCAUUAAGCUACGCUUUGCUGUGGGAGACAAGACAACAGCAUGGCAAAGCUUGGAGAAAGGCAUUGUCACAGGAUGCACAAUCUCUGUGGUCCUGUUUGUGAUGGGUAUGAACCUCAUCAUCAAUGCGGCGAAGAGAGAGACACGUGGUCCAAAAGCAGCAUCAGGAAUCUACUUACCUCCAGUUAAGGGAUUCAUGGAUGACCUCACUCUGACAGCAAAGACCCACAUCCAAGCAAGGUGGAUGCUUUCGGCCCUAGAAGAGGCAGCAACUUGGUCCAGAAUGAGGUUCAAACCCAGAAAGUCCAGAGCACUUGUUAUCAGGAAAGGCCAACCAACCAAGAAAUUCAAUCUGACAGUGCAAGGUGAGGACAUACCAUCGAUAAUGGACAGCCCCAUUAAAUGCCUUGGGAAGUGGUAUGAUGCUACACUCCAAGAUGGGAAUAACAUCAAGCGCAUCAAGAACCAGCUCACUGAAGGGCUGAAGCAGAUUGACAAAAGCGGACUACCUGGCAAAUUCAAGGCCUGGUUAUUCCAGAAUGGACUUCUCCCACGACUGAUGUGGCCACUGAUGCUUUAUGAGGUGGCAACAACAGUGGUGGAAGGACUGGAGAGAACCAUUAGUAGGCAUUUGCGAAAGUGGCUUGGCGUACCACCCAGCUUCAGCAACAUUGGACUCUAUGGACGAUCAAAUCAACUACAGCUCCCAUUGAGUUCGUUGGUGGAGGAGUACAAGGUGGCAAAAGCCAGACUUGUCAUGACGCUGAAGGAUUCAAGGGAUGACAUGGUCCGAAGAGCAGGUGUUGAGACCAGGACGGGAAGAAAGUGGUCCGCUAGCCAGGCUGUAGCGCAAGCCGAGAGCCGCCUGCGACACAAAGACAUUGUGGGAACAACGGCAGUGGGAACACAAGGUCUGGCUCUGCGGAGACGAGGAGUUGGAAGAAGGCGGACAGUAGGACAAGGAGGGAGAUGGUCCAGGCAGAGGUACGUCUGGCCGAAGAAGAAGAUCGAGGCAUAA